AUGCGCAAACAGUCCGAAUUCGACAUGAGAGAAAUUUUUCAGCAAGGCAAAGCAACUCCUCACAGACACAGCUUGUUCUCAACUUUACGCGGUCCCAUACAAAAACACCCCUGA